AUGAGCAAAGGUACAGCCAGCUUUGGUAAGAAGAACAAGAGAAACACGGAGAUGUGCAGAAGAUGUGGAAGACAGAGUUACCACAAGCAGAAGAAUUCAUGCUCAUCCUGUGGAUAUCCCAAUCCAAAGAUGAGGAACCCGGGAUCCAUCAAGGCAAGACGCAGGCGGACCAUUGGGACUGGAAGAAUGAGAUACAUGAAGAGAGAACUGAGAGCAGCAAAGAAUGGACAUAAGGGAGACCCGAUACUGAGGACUCUCUGGGCUAAGAAUUAA